AUGGCCAAGCACAUCGAAUCGUUCAAACAGUUCUGCACUACGCAGCAAGUACCCGCCACCCUUGAUCUUCAAGACGCGCUCAAGAUCGCCGAAACACUCUCACUUGAGCUAGCGAUAACAAAGACCAAAAUCAAAGAAGAGAUAAACCGCCCUAGUGCCAGUGAGCUUGAGCUGAAUUGGAAGAAGUUACGCGACGAUUUGUGUCCGGACAUCACGAAUUUCGGUUGUGCUCGUAGCGGCUACAUUCUUAUGGAACGAAGGUCGCCAAUAAUAUUUUCCCCUGCUGCGCAAGAACUGGGCCCUCAGUGGAAAAUAUCUCCCGAAAACAUGGAAUCUAUCAAGACAAGACAACUCGUCUUUAGAAUGGACCAAAUAACAGACGAAGCCAUAGCUAGAAUUGUUCAAGAAACAUACAUAAAGUAUGCAAAGAAUGCUGCCUCGACGAAGGAAAAAAGCGAGUGGACUGUUCUAGCGGGAAUAGUACUAAUAAAAGAAAAUAGUGAGCUGGAAACAGUAGCUAUCGGAGCUGGAACUCAGUGUGUUGGGCUUUCAAGAGUCAAUCAAGCUACCCCAGGGACGAUCAUAGCAGAUAGUCAUGCCGAAGUACUGGCGAGACGAGCCUUUAUUCAUUUUCUUCUGGAAAGCAUCCAAAAGAAAGACAACUCGUAUGUUGAAGAAAUCGAAGAUGGAAAAUGGCGACUCAGGUGGAAGUUUUAUUUCUAUUCUUCCGCCCUGCCAUGUGGCGAUGCUUCUAUUGUCGAGAUGGAGUCGGAUCAGGAUGAUCCUGUCCCUGCAAAACGAGCCCGCACAGGAAUCUUAGAUGACUUUCGAUCAGAACGCGUUUUGUUGGGAGAAGGAGACAUCUUCAGGACGGGUGCAAGACCAGUGCAAUCAGGGGCAGAUCCGAAAGGUGAAGGUGCCAACUUUCACCAACUUGGGGUCAGCAGAACAAAGGGCGGCCGCGGCCCUGCCACUGUUUCUAUGAGUUGCUCAGAUAAGAUAACCAAAUGGAACUCUUGUGGGUGGCAAGGAGCGAUGCUGAGUCAUUUGUUUCACGCGCCGUUGAUUCCGCUUAAGAUGAUCUUUGGACCUUGUGUCGAUGAUCAAAAGUCCCUGACUCGUGCAUUUUCGAGACUCAAUCAAGUCGAAACAUCUGUCGUUGAAAAACCCAUCUUUGAAAAAUCUCCUCGAGCAGUUAACAACAAUGACGGAUCCAAAGUUGUUUCGGCUAGUUCUUGCUUGGCCUGGAACUUGUGCAUGGCUAAGGCGGAGCAGUUGACCGGCAAAUUAGGAUAUAAACACGGCGCAAUCAAGAAAAACUUUCGUCUGGAGAAGAGCCAUUCCAUUCUCGCGCCGAAAUAUCUAUUUAGGAAGUUUCGACAAAUCAUGCCCGACUUUGAAUCAUACGCGGAAUGCAAGUCAUCUUCGACGAAUUAUAUCAAACAGCGCGAUAAUGUCUAUCAGAAGCUGACGUGGCAACAGCACCCCCGUGAACUUGAUGUUUUCGUCGGUUAA